AUGUCCAGGCGUUCGCGUGCGGACUCGCCGCACCACCAAACACACAGCAAUCGAGGCGGCCCUGGCCCUGAACAACACACGGGUUCCCCUGUGGCGGUUAGUUCUGCACCAAGUUCUCCGCGCGGGGACGCGACGCCUUUGGCGCCUGCACGCCUUGGCGAUGACUGUUUCGUCUGUUUGGAUGCCUUGGACCCCGCAGGGGAAGCUGAGCGAACCGUGGUGACCUUUCCAACAUGCACGGCGCACAGUUUGCAUCUGGGUUGCCUUGCCCAGCUCCGGUCACAAGCAUCUGGCCCAUCGGACCUGCUCUGCCCACUGUGCCGCCAUAGCAGGUGCCGCCAGUGUAGCGCGGAUGGCUGGACUGACCGGCAAGACGCGGCAUUGCGCGAGGCAUGCAAUCGCCAUGGCAUCGGCAUCCCAACGCGUAUUUCCGGGCAGUCGACUGUGCAAGUAGCGGUGCAAGAUUACACGCUGCAAACGUUCACCUCUUGCGACGCACCAGAGCCACGCCCACCUCCAGGCGUUGUGCUGUUGUGUUGUCCGCGGGUCGCCGCGGCGCGAGCCGCCGACGGAAGAGUCGAGUUCAUACCCCUGCCCGACCGCAGCAUGCAAUGGGCGCCUGUGGCAAUCCGGCAUGGCGCAGGCAUAGCAGCUUGGAGGCCCAGUUGGAUGUGCGUAGCAUGCGCGCAGUCCGAGGACCUCGCGGACCUCGACGUGCCUCCCGAAACGGGUGGGGAGUGUGAGCGUUGUGGCGGACGUACCGAGUGGGUACUUGAUCGCAGCAAUGGCCACAGUUGGCUGCAAUGCCCCGGUCAUUGCGCGCGGGUUGAGCCGCCAAACGACUCGGAAGCGAAUGGCGCCCCGGCUGUGACACGCGAGUUUGCGCCGCCCGAGGCUGCACCCGUGCGGCUGGCGAGGCCGCAGAGGGUGCUCCGUGGCUCGCGCGAGGCCCGCCACCAGGGCCGGUACGGGCUGCCACCAUGCAACUCCUGGCUGUACGUGCCACUGCUCCAUGCCGCGGCUGGGGACCUGGCACCGGCGGCUGUUGCUGCAUGGCAGGCGGAGCAGCGAUCCAGUGGGUGGUGGGAGGAGGCACGACGUUUGCUCUUUGUGUCUGCGCCCAUCGCCAGGGACGAGCUUGCCACGGCCCUCCGCCGAAGCGCUGAGGCUUCGCCCGCUGACCUGCGCCAGCUGCCGGAAUUGCUACGCCGGCUGGAACAGGCGCAGCUGCCUGAGGUUGCGUCUGUGAAAGUCAAAGGUUGGGCUGUCCGUCAGCUGUGCGAGCGUGACGGAUACAUCCACGCGCUUGCCCAAUCAGCCCUCCUCGAGUGCUAUGCGGGCCUGCAUGUGGCAGCCAGCUUGGAUCGUCGCUCCGACGAUUUUCGCCAGGCGCCUGCAUCGGCCCCGCCCCAGCACGCAUGCCCGCCAACGCGACGUCUCACAGUCACGUCUGAUGACAGGGAUGUCGAGCCGCCCAGCCCGGCCCAACCACGAGCAGGCGCCGACGAGAGCCGUGAUGAGGCUGUUUCUGCCACAAUCAAUGAGGCGGGGGCGCAGCCGAACCGCGAACUCCCGGGCCGCAGCCCCGCAACCGCAGCUGCAGAUGCUGCAGCGGGAGCUGCGCCGCGUGCCGACGCAACCGACAAUGGGGAACAGGAAGAAACCCCUGUGCCACACGCACAAGCACCCGGAAAUCCGUUCCCGCCGUUUGCUUGGGCUUGGCUGGAUGAUAUCAGCCUUCAUCACGAGUUCCAAGUGCGGCUCCCAACGCUGCAGUCAGUCCCCCGCUUCCUGACGCCUGGCGUGAGGCGCGCGUUCCUUGCCGCCCUCACUGCCAUCGCUGAUGCACGGAGUCCGUCAGGCUGCUUGCGCGCGUGGAAGCUGUUCCUGCUGCUGCCGCGGCUCCUUCUCACGCGAAGCGACGCCAUUGGCGCGCAAGGACGCGCAGAGCUGUUGCACCGGCUCGAGCUCUUUUGGCGAGGAAGCUGGGCCGAGCUACACAGGCUGAGCCGUCGAGCCGCCGAACGGCAAGGGCGUCCACAACCCGAACGGCUCGGCGACACCAGCGAGGCCCGUGCGGCCCGCGCUUGCACGCUCGUGAAGCGGGGCGAACUUUCCCGGGCACGCCAAGUGUUGACGGCCGCCGCUCUCGCGCCAGGCGACGCAACCACAUUGCAGGCGCUCACAGACCCAGAUCGCCGACCAACGGCAAGAUUGCGUGACGUCCCCAAUGAGGUGCUUUCGUACAGCCCAGACGAAGCCGUUGCCGUGACGGUUGGCCAGGUCGCGGAAGCCCUGCGCAGUUCCAAACGAGGGAGUGCCGCAGGCCUUUCCGGCGCCACGCUUGAAAUGUACAAGCUUCUCCUGGAUGACGAGGUCGCCAUCGACCUCUUUACCGGCGCCGUCAACCGCCUUGCGCGAGCAGACGUUCCGCACGAGGUAGCCGAGGCCCUCGCUGUGUCCCGUCUUACGGCGCUCCGUAAACCACACAGCGGAGUCAGGGGCAUAGCGACAGGAGAUGUCUUCCGGCGCUAG